CUUCACACUAUGGCGCUGGAACGGAAAGCCCUGAAAGCAGAAACCUAGAAGAUACAAAUCGAAACUCCACUGUUAAAUGUUAGAGCUCUCAUAUUCGUUGUACUUGGCUACUUUUCUUCAGCUUCACCAUGGGAGCUAGCCGAAAGCUUCAGGGAGAGAUCGAUCGGGUCCUCAAGAAGGUCCAAGAAGGCGUUGAUGUCUUCGACAGCAUCUGGAACAAGGUUUACGAUACUGACAAUGCGAACCAAAAGGAGAAAUUCGAGGCUGAUUUGAAGAAAGAGAUCAAGAAGCUUCAGAGAUACCGAGACCAGAUCAAGACAUGGAUACAGUCGAGUGAGAUCAAAGACAAGAAGGUUAGUGCCUCUUAUGAGCAGGCUCUGCUGGAUGCUCGCAAGCAAAUUGAACGUGAAAUGGAAAGAUUUAAGGUCUGUGAAAAAGAGACUAAGACGAAAGCCUUCAGUAAAGAAGGGUUGGGUCAGCAACCCAAAACUGAUCCCAAAGAGAAAGCUAAAUCAGAGACAAGGGAUUGGCUGAACAAUGUGGUUGGGGAGCUGGAGACUCAAGUUGAUCACUUUGAAGCAGAGAUUGAGGGGCUCUCUGUUAAGAAAGGAAAGACAAGGCCACCCCGAUUGACACAUUUGGAGACGUCUAUUGUUCGGCAUAAAGCUCAUAUAAUGAAGUUGGAAUUGAUCCUGAGGCUGCUGGAUAAUGAUGAAUUGAGUCCCGAGCAAGUUAAUGACGUCAGAGAUUUCUUAGAAGACUAUGUUGAACGCAAUCAGGAGGAUUUUGAAGAAUUUAGUGAUGUUGAUGAGCUCUACAACUCUUUACCAUUAGAUAAUUUGGAGUCCCUUGAAGAUUUGGUUACAAUUGUUCCUCCUGGACUUGUUAAGGGUGUUAGUGCUGCUGGCGCAGUUUUAGGAUUGAAGACUUCUUUAGCAGUUUCAACAACUCAAGUAUCGGCACCAUUAGCAUCUACUACUCAACAGGGUAACUCAAUUCAGGAUCAAGUUGAAGAAACAGCUUCCCAGGACAGUAAUUCUGAUGUUGUCCCGAGAACUCCCCCUUCUAAAAGUAGUGUUGUGGGUUCUGUUUCAUCAACACCUGCAGGGAAUCAUUCAGCUGCUGUUAGCAGCAACAUUUCAGCACCUGUUAGCAGCAAUAUUUCAGCACGUACUUUGGCUGUAGGAUCAACUGCUUCAGCAAUACUUUCGGGUGCUGGUUCUGUUCGAGGCGUCCUGGAUAACUCAGUUUCUGCUGUUCCUCCAUCACCAAUAAAUCUGUCUGGCUCGGUGAAGGAAGAUGAGAAUGCAAGCUUUCCAGGCCGAAGAUCCUCACCAUCUCUUGCUGAGAUUGGAUUGGGAAGGGGUAUUGGUAGAGGUUCUGUGCCUGGUGUUAUGUCCAGCCAACCAUCAAAUAGUGUACCCUUAAGUCCUGGAAAUACAAUCCCUAGCAAUGGAGCCCUUGGUGCAGUUCCUACCGCCUCUGAAAUUGCAAAGAGAAAUAUUUUAGGGGCUGAUGAGAGAAUUGGAAGUAGUGGUAUUGUGCAACCGCUGGUUUCCCCCUUAAGUAACCGAAUUCUUUUGCCACAGGUCUCUAAGGCUGAAGGAACUGGUUCAUCAGAUUCUAAUAAUGUUAGUGACUCUACAGUUAUAGGUGGGAGAGUUUUCUCCCCCUCGGUAGUUCCCGGGGUACAAUGGAGACCUGGAAGCUCAUUUCAGAAUCAGAAUGAAGUGGGUCAAUUUCGUGGAAGAACUGAAAUUGCACCUGAUCAGAGAGAGAAGUUUUUGCAGCGGUUCAACCAGGUCCAGCAGCAAAGUCAACUUAAUGUCUCUCAUCUUGCUGCAGGAAAUCUUAAGCAGUUCUCUGCCCAACCACAAAGCUCACUCCUACAGCAGUUCAAUUCUCAAAACUCAACCUUACAGUCUCAAGUUGGAAUGGGCCUUGGAGUUCAGGCUCCGGGUCUCAAUGUUGUUACAUCUAACUCUCUACAGCAGUCAAAUUCUAUCCAUCAGCAAUCUACUCAGCAUGCUCUUAACUCGCCUGCACCAAAAGAUUCGGAUGUUGGCCAUGUGAAAAAUGAGGACCAGCAGCAACAGCAGAGUUCAUCUGAUGAUGCGAGUGUUGAACCUGUUACCAGUUCUGGACUCAACAAGAAUCUCUUGAACGAGGAUGAUAUGAAGACUUCAUAUUCGGUUGAUGCAGCUGCUGGAGGUUCUGGCUCUUUGAUUGAGCCUGCCCAAAUGCCUAGAGAUAUUGAUCUCUCCCCUGGUCAACCUAUACAAUCCAAUCAACCUUCAGUCAGCUUAGGUGUCAUUGGUCGAAGAAGUGUUUCUGACCUUGGUGCCAUCGGUGAUAACCUCAGUGGAUCAACUGCAAAUUCUGGGGGGAUGCAUGAUCAUUUGUACAAUUUGCAGAUGCUUGAGGCUGCUUACUACAAGCUUCCCCAACCCAAAGACUCAGAACGUCCAAAGAGCUAUAUUCCUAGACACCCUGCAGUGACCCCGUUGAGCUAUCCUCAGGUGCAGGCACCCAUUGUCAAUAAUCCUGCCUUCUGGGAGCGACUGGGUAUUGACACAUUGGGCACUGAUACCCUGUUCUUUGCAUUUUACUAUCAACAGAAUACUUAUCAGCAAUACUUGGCUGCAAGAGAGUUGAAAAAGCAAUCAUGGAGAUACCACAGGAAAUAUAACACAUGGUUCCAACGGCACGAGGAACCAAAAGUUACCACUGAUGAAUAUGAACAGGGGACCUAUGUAUACUUUGACUUUCACAUUGCCAAUGAUGACUUACAACAUGGAUGGUGCCAGAGGAUCAAGACUGAGUUCACUUUCGAGUACAGUUACCUUGAAGAUGAACUUGGUGUGUAGAAAUGUGCAGAAGACCGGAACCAUGAUAAUGCGGUCAAAAUAUUUGGUAAUCGCCAAAAGCAGCAUACAAAUUGAUUGGUUCAUUUAGAGAAAUGACAUGGGAAUCCGCCAUCCAUUAGCUGCAUUGAGUUAGAUAUUGUUGAGUGUGUAACCAUUUCAAAUAUGUGACUUGUAAUGAAUCUCCAAUUUUCAAUAAUAAAAAAGUAGUUCAUUUAUUCUUUUU